AUGGAUUUCAGGCCUAAGUUAAUCAUCUGUGGUGGUGGUGCGUACCCUAUGGGUUGGGAUUACGCUAGAUUGAGAGCUAUUGCUAAUAAGGUUGGAGCUCUUUCGCUCUGUGACAUGGCUCACAUCAGUGGACUCGUUGCUGCUCAGGCCCAAGUGAGCCCACCUCCCUCUUCAACCAAAACGCUCGUGCGUAUCUUGAGUGCUCUUGGAGUAGUCGGUCUAGCUUUGAACCUACGUGCCUAUGACUUCGUUUCCCAGGAACUUCGUGCAGCGGAAAAUCUAGAAUUUAAAACUUUCUAUACUAAAAAUAUUCUUUUAAACGAAGGUAUUCGUGUUUGGAUGGCGGCUCAAGAUCAGCCUCAUGAAAACCUUAUAUUCCUUGAGGAAGUUCUACCACGUGGAAACGCUCUUUAA